CUAGUCAGGAUGCGCGGCGUGUUCAUUCACACAUUAUAUGUACUUAAUGGAGAUGGAACUACAUCAGUAUAUGUAUAGUAAGGCAUUGGCCUUCUAAAUAUACAUUAUAUGAGUUUGUUUGCCAUGUUUCGUAUUACCAAUCAGAUCUUUAUUUUCUUGACGGCAUAUUUUAACAUAAUAUAAUUAGGGUAUAAAACUGCAAUAUCCUAGUUUUGUGUUGCAUUGUACAACAAUCAUGGAGUACAAGAGGAAGUAUUGAUGAAUCAUUAUGAUGGUAUCGUUGAGCCCUGUUGGGAACGUGUUUGCAGGGUGCUUGACAAUGGAUGUGUGGAUGUUGCUUCAUCAUUUCCAGUUAUUGCUUUGACAGAGGUGUUGGCGAGCAGCGACAGUGGAAAGAAAACACUUUCUGAGACGGGCAUCUUUAUCCCACCUCGCGGAAAAAGAUGGAGGCAGGAAAAGUCAACGAAAGUUCUGCAACUGAAAAAUGGUUCAUUACAAGUGUUUGUGAUAGAAAUGAAGAAUGAAAUUGAAGUUUUCAGUACACAUCUUCACAACGCCUAUUGGCAGAAUAAUCAAUCCCUACAUCCUACCAUCAAGGCGCAGUGCGAUGGACAAUUUUCUGUAUGGACUUUGCAGAAAAUUUAUACUUUUUCUUUUCUUUUCUUGAUCUUUUCCGCCACACUCAACAAUAUUUCAGUUAUCUGGUGGCGCACAGUUUUUAUUGGUGGAAGAGAAAACCCAGAUACAAUGUACCUGGGAAGAGACCACCGACCUUCCGAAAGUAAACUGAGAAACUUUCUCACUUACCGGUGCGAGCGGGAUUCGAACCCGCGCCGACAGAGGUGAGAGGCCGUACAAUUUUGAGCGCGAUGCCCUAACCACUCGGCCACGGAGGCCCCUGUACAUAUCAAGAUGAAACACAACGUACACAUUGGUCACAUGAUCAAAUUACUCUCUUUUCCAUUGUAGCCUAUUUUAAGUGCAUUGAAUGCAAAGAGGUCAUGCAUGAAAAUCUGGUUUUUAUUAUUGAUGAUCAGAAGCAUGACAGUCUUGCUGUUCAUCAUUUUGUUAUCCUAGGAAAUCAAUAUUUGAGGAGUAAAUGCAAAAUCACCAUUGACAAAAA